GUUCGGUUCGGGAUCGGCAAAAGUUUGAAUUCAAAGUACAACGCGUGGACAGUCUGCGCUCAACCGUCGACAAAGCGGCACGUUGCUAGAUUCUGUACUUAAAGCAGUAGUGAGUUCGCGAGGUGUGCCGUGUUCAACAAUUAUGAAUACUUGUGCAGUGCUCUCCGAGAUUAAACAUAAAUAAUAGGACGAACAAGUUCAGCAUGUGGCGAUCGGCCUCGAUGGGGGCGCGGCUCUGCGCAGGAGCUGUGCUGGUGAUGUCGCUCACGCUCGGAGCCGGUCGCCGGGAGUUCAGGGAUCCGAUCAAACAGCACGACAUCUCGCUGUGGAUCGACGAGAGGCAGGUCCGGAUGUUCAGUGGUAUAUCAAUGCAAGUGUUCGCCAUUGUGAACGGUCACGUCUCGCCCUACGUGCUGGACCCGAACUUUUCCAAUAAGCUCCCGAUCAUACCUUCCGAAGUUGGCUACGUAAACUUCACGUGGAAAUCGAAGAAGAGAUAUUACUACAAUUUCGACACCUUGAAGUCAUCUGAUCUCAAAAUAUUGAAAGCACCUGUGCUGUCGAUAAAGACGCAGGGGCGGGUGCCAAAAACGGCUAAAGAAUUCAGUAUAAUCCUGCCGUGCGUGGGCAACAGCAGCGGUGUAGCAACAUUUGAGAUAGGUUUAGUGCUGAAAAACGCACGUGGACUGCCGUUAAAAGGCACCCCUCUAAGAUUAAACCUAAAGAAGGAAUGCGCACAUAGAGGUGUGUAUUUAGAAAGGACAGGGCCGGACCCGGAGUGCGACAAGAAGUGCGCGAACCAGGGCUGGUGCAACGAGGAGAAGAUCUGCCAGUGCCCCGAGGGGUACAUGGGGCAGCACUGCCGCACGGCGCUGUGCUACCCGCAGUGCAUGAACGGCGGCAACUGCACCGCGCCCGGCCUCUGCUCCUGUCCGCAGGGCUACCAGGGCCGACACUGCGAGGGAGGUAUAUGUGCACAGAAAUGUAUGAACGGUGGAAAAUGUAUCCAGAAGGAUACCUGUUUCUGUCCUAAAGGACAUUACGGACGGAGAUGCGAAUUUUCAAAAUGUGUAAUCCCAUGCUUGAACGGCGGUCGUUGUGUCGGCGUGAACAAGUGCCGGUGCCCGGCGGGGCUGGGCGGCGACCACUGCGAGGUGGGGCGGCGCGGGGAGUGCAGGGGGGCGUGUCGCCGCGGCCGGUGUCGCGAGCCCGGCUGGCGGGGACGAGCCUGCCAACGACCCCCUGGUUCUUCAGAGGAAUCAGGCGAAUACAAAAAGCCACGAUAAUACAUAGGUUAAAUACAAAUACUUAAUGUGAUUUUAUUAUUAAAAUACAAAACUAUGAUAUGUACUUUUCAUACAUAUACAUAUUAUUAUAAUUUAGUCAUGUAGAACAUACAGCAUUUAGUUGUAUACUUAAAUGUAGAAAUAUGCAAUAUAUUGAGAUUAUA